AUGGCAGGCAGAUUCCGAUUAGAUGCGGUUGUUUCCGCGAUAGUUACGGUGCACCCGCACGAGAUUCCGGCGUUGCUCCACUCCUCUUCCUGCUUCUUCUUCAUUUUGAGUGCGUAUUUCGUUGUUCUUCCACUUCGCGAUGAAGGCGCAAUAUCGCUUGGAUUAUCAAAGCUACCGGGACUGUUCGUCGGAUCUCUGUUUCUCACUCUGAUUGCUGCUCCUGUUUCCACCCUGAUCUUCUCUUUGCCCAAUCUGUCCAAAUCCAAGGCUUUGGUUAUAAUACAUAGAUUCUUUAGUCUAUCGCUUGUUCUAUGUUUCCUUCUUUGGAAUGCCUCCCCAACAGAGUCUAUGCCAUCUAAUUCAAAGGAUGCAGUUGACUCGGCAUCCGAUAUAACAAAAGAACCAAAAGUUGGUAUCGAUGGAGCAAAUCCUGCUUCUGGAUGGGACAACCAUGGCUGGUUUUACAUUUCUGUUCGAGUUGGAUUUUUCCUUUGGGUUGCGUUGCUUAAUCUUGUCGCUAUUUCUUCCACAUGGGCUAGAAUAAUAGACGUUAUGGAUAGCGAGUCAGGUGCAAGAUUGUUUGGUUUUGUUGGUGCCGGUGCUACCCUUGGACAGCUUUUUGGAUCGGUGUUUGCUGCUGCGACUGCUUGGAUGGGUCCAUAUUUACUUCUAUUUGCUGCUCUUUUGAUGGAAUUUGCUGCACAGUCUUCAAAAGGGAUUGCCAAGGAGAUUUCCCAGUCCUCUGAGGAGUUGUCUCCUCUAAGGAAAACUGAUAGUGAGAGAAGACAGGAAACUUCUUCUCCAAAAGUUGGUUCUCCAAAAGUUGCUACUCCUAAAUCGCCUAUCUCCACAACCAGACCUCAGCUUUGGGCCAUUUUAGACGGAAUGAGACUUAUAGUAGCAUCGCCUUAUCUUUUGCUUGUGUCUUUGUUCCUUUGGCUCGGUGCGGUCAUCUCCUCAUUCUUUUAUUUCCAAAAAGUGAAUAUUAUUGCCACGACAAUCAAAUCAUCCAUUGGUCGAAGAAGACUGUUUGCCCAGAUAAAUAGCUUCGUUGCAGUUUUCAUACUUAUUGGACAACUAACUCUAACGGGCCGAAUCUUGACUUUAGCCGGUGUCACGGUUGCAAUAUCUGCAUCUCCAUUUGUCGCUCUUGGGAAUUUGGUUGCUAUUGCAAUAUGGCCAACUUGGGUUUCAGUUGCUGUGUCUGAAACCGUGAGAAAGGUGACAACUUAUGUUGUAACUAGACCUGGAAGGGAACUUUUGUUCACCGUUGUCUCGCAAGACGAGAAAUACAAAGCUAAGGUAUGUAUAGACGUGAUUGUUCAACGUCUAGGAGAUGCUGCAGCAGCGGGACUAUUCGAACUCCUAACCAUUGCUCUUGGCGGUCAAACAUCAACCGCGUCACUCUAUGCAUUGCCAGUGUGUUUAAUAUGGAUAGUCACGGCGUUCUUCUUGGGCCGGCGACAAGAACAACUGGCGAAAUUCCAGACCAAGAGAACGAAGAAGGCUGGAAUUGUCGGGAAAUAUGGUACUCGAUAUGGUGCCAGUCUUCGGAAGCAAAUCAAGAAGAUGGAAGUAAGCCAGCACAGCAAAUACUUCUGCGAGUUCUGUGGAAAGUACGCAGUGAAGAGAAAAGCUGUUGGUAUAUGGGGUUGCAAGGACUGCGGGAAAGUUAAGGCCGGUGGUGCAUACACUAUGAACACCGCUAGUGCUGUGACAGUAAGGAGUGCCAUCAGACGGUUAAGGGAGCAAACCGAAAGCUAG